CAAAAUAAAGUGGGACAAAUGAACCGGGUAAACAAAAACCUUCAUAGGUCUGUGCUUUCAGAACAAAGCAUUCAAAUCCAUGUUUCUAAUUCAACUUGAUGUGAAUUACGCUCAGUGGAAAUUGGCGAGAGACGUUUAGAAAUCACUUAUUUCAGUGUGUUUGUGAAGCAAGCUUUUAUUCUGGAGACCGGAAAAUGAUUUUCUUGCCAGCUUGAUAGAGGUCUCGCGCAGUACGCAGGUCCAACCAUCAGCAACAACACGGUGACAGAAAUGGGCUCGGCGGUCCGGUUAUCGUUGCUCGGCUUCCUCCUGUGCCUGCAUGUCGGCAGAGCUCCAGCCCGCAGCCCCCGCACGGCGGACCAGGUGUCUGAGGCCGACAUCCAGCGGCUCCUGCACGGCGUCAUGGAGCAGCUGGGCAUCGCUCGGCCCAGGGUGGAGUACCCCGCACAUCAGGCCACGAACAUCGUCGGGCCUCAGAGCAUACAGGGUGGUGCUCACGAGGGGCUGCAGCACCUCGGCCCCUUUGGCAACAUCCCCAACAUUGUGGCCGAGCUGACCGGUGACAACGUUCCCAAAGACUUCAGUGAAGACCAUGGGUACCCAGACCCUCCGAACCCCUGUCCCCUGGGAAAGACCGCAGCCGACGGCUGUUUGGAAAACGCUCCGGACACCGCCGAGUUCAGCAGAGAGUUCCAAAAACACCAGCACCUGUUUGACCCCGAGCACGACUACCCGGCCCUGGCGAAGUGGAACAAGGAGUUUUUGUACCAAAAACUGAAGGGAGGACCGAAAAGAAGAAAAAGGAGUGUCAAUCCCUAUCUAAUGGGCCAGCGGCUGGACAAUGUGGUCGCUAAAAAAUCUGUUCCUCACUUCUCUGAGGAAGAGGAGGAAGAGGCACCGAGCGUCUCUGCUGCCAGCAAGUCCACCACCUAAACUCCUGCACCUUCAACACUUUCAUACAAAUUUGUAACACUAACUAUUUAAGCAUUUUGGUUAAUAAGCUUUGGAUUUGUGACAUCACUGCAAGUGCUGUGAAAAAAGGCAUAGCAGCUUUAAACUA